CUCGGUCGAGUACAGAGAACAGUUUCAAAAAUCACCGGAAAACUUCACCAACUCCAUGGAGAAGCGACUCCGUUCAUCACUUCAAUCCUCAGCUGAAGAAUUCCUAAACUUGGCCACAAAACUAACCCUGAAAUCAUCCAAACAGAAAUUGAAAACCCUAAUUCAUUCAACAACCGCUCCAAAAUUAACCAACUUUCUCCCCCAAUCCCUAUACAAUUCAGUGUCUUAUGCAAUUCAAUGUUUACAGAAUCAAACAGACCACGAUGCUGCUAAGUCUCCUCCCACAAAGCGGCUCCGUAGAUCUUCCAGAACAACAAAAUCUACUGGUUUACAAGACAACGUCAGCGGUACUGACGAUAAUACGUCAGAAAAGAAGCAGAAAAUGCUCCAAAAUCUUCAGAUUUACGCACACAUCUUAACGGUAUGCUUAAAUCAUCCGAAACACGUGUUCUCUUCAUCAGAUUUAUUGCCAGCUGCACAGUUAUUGCAUGAUAAUUUGAUUCUUUUCGAGUCGGAUUCGGUUUUGUCUUUGGAGAUUGCGAGUUUGUGCGAGACCUGGUGGAAGGAUGAUUUGGUUGGGAAAGAAUUGCUGAUUACUCAGUUUCUACCGUUUUUACUUUCUCGGUCGCUGACUUUGAAGAAGAAAGUUGAUGUGCAUAGAGUCUAUACUCUUCGUGACGCGUUUAGUUUGUUUGAUUUUGAUGAUGAGAGCAUUGAAGAUUUGAAAUUAUUGCUAAUUCGUUGCGUGAUUUCGCCUUUGUAUUUGAAGACUGAGGAUGGGAGAAAGUUUAUAGCGUUUAUAUUUGGAUUGAGCAGGCAAGUGUUUAAAGAAGCAUUGGCAAUGAUAAAGUCACAGAUACCAUUUGGAAGAAAGUCGAUUUUGGAGGCUUAUGGAGAUGUGCUGUUCAGGGCUUGGAAAGGGGUUGAUGAGAGUUUCAGGGAGGAGAUUGAAGAUGGAUUUUUGCAGGGUUUGGUUGAGGGGGCCAUACACGCAGGUUCUCGGGAGUUUGGAGCUUCCAUUAGGCGGGUUUUGGGAGGGUUCAUUAAUCAGAGGACUACUCAUGGCGUUGAGAAGAUGCUUUUCAAGUUAGCUGAGCCUGUAAUAUUUCGGUCGCUUCAGGUUGCAAAUUCAAAUGUCCGUCAAAAUGCAUUGCAUUUACUGUUGGACAUGUUCCCUCUUGAAGAUCCUGAUGCCACAAAAGAGGUUAAAGAUACAUUGCUUGAUAAGCAGUUCUAUAUACUGGAAAAGCUGCUCAUGGAUUAUUGUCCAGAUGUUAGAGUUGUUGCAGUGGAAGGUUGUUGUCGUAUACUGCAUUUAUUUUGGGAAAUUAUUCCUUCAUCAAGCAUUACAAAAAUAAUCACAAAAAUUUUGGAUGAUAUUUCACAUGAUAUAUGCAAUGAAGUUAGACUUUCCACAUUGAAUGGCAUCAUUUAUUUGCUUGGAAACCCUCUCUCUCAUGAAGUUCUUAAAGUACUUCUGCCGAGAUUAGGGCAUUUGAUGCAAGAUAAUGUUCUUUCUGUACGACUUGCUAUGACGGAUCUGCUCCUUCUGCUAUGUGAUAUUCGGAGUUUCCAGUUUAACAAGGUAGUGAGCUUGGAUGUCUUGCUAUCUACACUUGCAAAUGACCAAUCUCAGGUUGCUCAAAAAAUUACAAGACUGCUAAUUCCGUCAUACUUUCCCUCGAGAAUGACUAUUGAAGAGGCAUGCAAUCGUUGUGCCACACUUUUGAAAAGGAAUUUUGUAGCUGGUGCAAGAUUCUGUGAAUUUGUUGUGUCUGAAGGGGCACCUCUUAAGUCACUUGUGGAACUUAUCAGAGUAUUCAUUAAUUUGGUGUUGUCCCAAGAUAAGCUGGGUGUGGAUCAAGUAGAGGGUUUGCUUGUUGCUGUUGCCCACCUUUGUAAUAGCAUAUCAACUGAGCCAUGUUACACGGAUGCCCUCAAAGAUUUUAUUACCAGUGAUACUGUGAAGAGAUUAUUUGCAGCUGCACCUACUAGGCGUGCUCAAUCUUCGGUAUUUGACAUUGUUUCCACCCUUCGUCUCGAUAAUGUAGCUGGGCUUCUUGAAGAUUGCAUGGGCCUAGUUAGUGAUUGUAGGGGAUUAUCUGAAGAUGAGGAAAGGAAAGCUGAAGUGAGGUCUGCCCACAAACUAUUGCUGUGUUUUCAAGCAUUUGAUGAUAUGUUUCAAGCUCUAACGACACUUUUGCAAAAAGUAGCUUAUCGUUGCCAGGUUAAGUUUGACAGUGAGAUACCCAAGCAGAGCGUCUCCUCAGCAAGAAGAAAGAAAUCUAAAUCCUCAGUCAAAAUGUCUGCCAAGUGGAAAUAUAUAAGUGGGAAGAAAUCAUCCAGUUUUGAGGAGGAUUAUUUAACUGCUACUGGAAUAGCCUGGCAAAUUAAAGACUUGCUUGCUUCUGAGGACUCCAGGAAAGCCAUUUUAGGGUCUCAAAGUUUAGAACAGUCAUUUCUUGCUUUAAAGGUCAUUUCUGAGGUCAGUAUUAUGCAGAGCAUAAAUUGUGAGUAUAUGGAUGCAUAUCCUGUUUUGGCUUAUACUACUAUAGCUCUUCAAAGUACUGGUAUGAAUUGCACGAAUGAGUCCGGUUUGAAGAAGAAUAAUAGAGCUGAAUCUUCAAGAUUAAUUUCAGAGACAACGCUGGACCAGGCAAUGGAUCACCUGCUUAACUGUACAGACAAAUUGUUUGGAGAAGGUGAUUCUGGGAACUGUGGCAAAUUAUCUUCAAACUCCAAUCACGAGAAAAGCAAGGUGGUUCAAAGUCGUACACGGAAGGUCAGAGAAGAACCUGAAAUGGACAUUGAUGGAUCUGCCUGUACCAGCCAAAGGAUAUCCUUGAAUAAUGUGACGAUUCUUACUGCAAUACUCAAGUUUAUUGUUGAUUCCACUACAAUGGGUUUUGCUUCUGAUGCCCAAGGAAGGUGCUUAAAGUUUACAUCAGCUUAUGUACGAUUUAUUAUCUCUGCUUUAGGACAUCAAUCUAUAGAAAAGUCGCAGAUUAAGGACGAGGAUCUAAGAGAAAUUAUUCAAUGUUUGAAGAUCUCCUUCAGCUAUGCAGCCAAAUUAAUCAAUCUAGUCCUUAAAAAUAGCACUGAAGCUGCAGGACCUACUGCAGAAGCUUUUGAUCUUGUGACUGAUCUGUUUGAUCUUAUUAGCUCAAUUGAACUGCAGAUGGGUUCUGGCUAUGCUGCACGUCUUGUUGUCGCAGCAAGGCCGUGGUUGCCUGAUUUAAUUUUGGCAUUAGGAUCUUGGUGCAUAUUUAAUCGGAGUGGAUCCGAAGGAAUGUGCUUUACUAUAUCUGAUCAUAUCAAACUCCAUUUCCCGUCAUGGUUCUUGAUUUUAGCAAGGAUUGGGGAAGAUGACAAUGGAGUUUCGGAACCAGAGGAAUUUCCUGAACUGAAGAAACUUAUGGAACUGAUGGUUUCAUUGUUGAAAAGAAAUCAGAGCAUAUUGUUAUUGGAUGCCAUUGGGGUUACUCUCUUGUCUGGCUGUGUAGUUGGGCUGGAAAGGAAGGAGUAUGGGUUGGUAUCGGGACUUGUACAUUUUGUGUGUAUGAAGUUGGUGGGUCUUGAUAACAGAGAGUGGAGUGGACUUGAUAUGAUGUUGGUUUCUCUGGCCGAUAUUUAUCCUCGGAUUGAGAAAGAAAUUGAAGAAGAUUGUGAUGAAGAUGACAAGCAGAAACUAAACAGUGCCAAGGCAAUGCUUGAACCUAUUUGGAUGUAUCAUGUUUAUGAAACUGGAAGGUUUUCUAUGAUGGAAGAAGAGAUGGAACCUUGAUUGGUGAAGUAUUUUGUCACGUUUUAUUAAUGGGGAAUUAAUUUGUAUCUUAACUGUAAAUAAAAGGUCCCUCUGUUUUCUUUGGCAUUGUCCAAUUGUUGAACGAUUGGACUGGUUAUGCAAAGCAUUAGCAAAGAGGUUCUGGUUUCAAAUUAUUAGCCGAGCAAUACUAUGUGUAUAUUUUU